GGCGGCUUCCCCGGCGUCCGCGCCAUGCCGCGGGCCGCGUGAGCGGCUGCAGGCUCCCGAGCCGGCAGGUGCCCGCGGGCGCGCCAGGCCGGGUUGGGGAGGGGCGCCGCACUCGCCAUGCUGCGGGGGCCCCGGGUCCUGGCUCCGGCUGCCCCCCCAAAGGGGGUGCCCGCGAUGAGCCCCACCGAGCUGUGGCCGCCUGGCCUCAGCAGCCCCCAGCUGUGCCCGGCCACCACCACCUACUACACCGCGCUGUUCCCGCAGACGGUGCCUCCCGCAGCGGCGCCCGGCACCUGCCUCGACGCCACUCCCCACGGACCGGAGAGCCAAGCUGUGCGAUGCGUGCCGGCAGGCCGGCUGCCGGCCAAAAGGAAGCUGGACCUAGAGGGGAUCGGGAGGCCUGCGGUCCCGGAAUUCCGAACUCCCAAGGGGAAGUGCAUCAGAAUUGAUGGCCUCCCUAGCCCCAAAACCCCCAAGUCCCCUGGGGAGAAGACGCGGUAUGACACGUCUCUGGGGCUGCUCACCAAGAAGUUCAUUUACCUCCUGAAUGAGUCCGAGGACGGGGUCCUGGACCUGAACUGGGCGGCCGAGGUGCUGGAUGUGCAGAAGCGGCGCAUCUACGACAUCACCAACGUGCUGGAGGGCAUCCAGCUCAUCCGCAAGAAGUCCAAGAACAACAUCCAGUGGGUAGGCAGGGGAAUAUUUGAAGACCCCACGCACCCUGGGAAGAAGCAGCAGCUGGGGCAGGAGCUGAAGGAGCUGAUGAGCACGGAGCAGGCCUUGGACCAGCUCAUCCAGAGCUGCUCCCUGAACUUCAAGCACCUGACUGAGGACAAGGCCAACAAGAGACUGGCCUACGUGACGUACCAGGACAUCCGCGCCGUCGGCAACUUUAAGGAGCAGACGGUGAUUGCUGUCAAGGCCCCUCCGCAGACCAGACUGGAAGUGCCUGACAAGCCUGAGGAGAACCUGCAGAUAUAUCUCAAGAGCACCCAAGGGCCCAUUGAAGUCUACCUGUGCCCAGAGGAGGUACAGGAGCCGGACAGUCCUGCCAAGGAGCCCCUUCCCUCCACGUCCGCCCUCAGCCCCAGCCCUGACUCCGCCCAGCCCAGCAGCAGCACCCACCCUGGGACCUCGGAACCCACAGCAUCCUCAGUGCCAGAGCUGACUCCCCAGCAGGUUCCGCCACCACCACCACCGCCACCACCGCUGCCACCACCGCCGUCCCUUGUCCCCUUGGAGGCCACUGACAGCAUGCUGGAGCUGCCGCACCCGCUCCUGCAGCAGACUGAGGACCAGUUCCUGUCCCCGACCAUGACGUGCAGCUCCCCUCUGAUCAGCUUCUCCCCGCCCUUGGACCAGGAUGACUACCUUUGGGGCCUGGACGGGGGCGAGGGCAUCAGCGACCUCUUUGACUCCUACGACCUUGAGGACCUGUUGAUUAACUGAGUUAAUCAAACCCUAGCAGCCUCACCCCUGUCUCUACCUCCUCAGACAGGCAGGCAGGCGCUCUGCCCGCUCAGGGACACUGGACGCCAGGUGCUGUCCUCGGGGCAUGGGGUCUCCUCUCCUCUCCCGACUCCCUACUGACAGAAGCUGUCUGGGGGACGUGGAAGAUACAGUGAGGAGUGUGGCAGGGGUUGGGUCCUGUCCUUCCCAACGGAAGCUGGGCCUGGGAAGGCCCCUCUAGUCUUCUGACCUCUGACCUCUCAGUGAAGGAAGGACGGCAGGUGAGGUGACCAGGUCCAGGGAAAGGCCCCCUACCUCCUUUUGAGGGGUAAUUAGGACCCUUGACUUACCAAGAAGCACUUAAUGCCUUUGUAUUUAUUCUAGUUUGAGUUUCGUUUGUCCUCCCUGAGUUUUAGCAGGGAGAUUGUUCUAGUUUUUACCAAGACUUGUCCUUAGACCCAAGGGGACCUGUCCCUGUCGCUGUCCCAGGGCCUCCCCCCAGCGGUGGGGGCAGGUCUCCGAGGGCCGUCAGCCUGUCUGAUGCUGACUAUUAAUAAUUGCACUUAGGACUCCUGAUUCGAGUAAGCGGUGGCUCGCACGGGCCCUCUGCCCUCUCCCCUGCUCUCGGCUGAGGCGCCGGCCUUCCCCCUGCUCUCCUCAUCCCAGAGGUGGUUCCAGGGACCCGUCCCAGGGCAGGCAGCUUUGAGGCUCCUGUGGAAUUUCUUACCUCUCCCUCGCCGUAGAACAUAGACAUGAUCCUCCAGGCACCUGCCAGAGAGGAGUUCCCGAGGAAAACACAGGCGGGAGUGUGGAGGUAGCAGCCACACUGGCACUUUUCCUCAGAAUUUCUGCCUCGCACUGGUCCAGGCGGGUUUUACACCCAGGACCUGGAGGCUGAGGCAGCUCCAUUACAGAGAAGGGUCAGACCAGAAACUGCCGAAAGCCUUCCCUCCCCUCGUAGUUGCUGGUAUCGUUCCCGAUUCCCUAGGAGGAUUUGUUUUGCCAUGUUUGUUGAAGGGGAUGAUUCUUUAAGGACCUCCCCUUGCCCCUGGCUCUCACUCAGACCCCAGGGACAGAGGCGACCAGGGCUCAGUGGCAUGUUUGCUCCUUUUGUCACUAGAAUGCUGAAAGGGUGACAGGGAUGGGUCUUCGUGGCAGACCAGCCCUUGGCCGCUAAUGGGGGGAUGGGCUCAUGUGACCUCGUCCGGCCUGGCGUCCUGAGAAGGUCUUUUGGCUCCACUCUGUCCCGCCAGAGUCUUUGCAUCCCACAUUGUCCCUGCGGCCCAGCAGGGGCAGGGGUCGGCCCUUCUCCCACCCAGCCUGGGCCAAACCAACACUGGGCCUUCCGAGGAGAGGCAGCAGGGUGGUGGUCUGGGAGGCCUGCCACCCACCCUCAGGGAGCUAGGUUUCCUCAGGCGCUCAGCUGGGUAGCACUGGUUUUGUUUUUUUUCCCAAAGUUUGUAGCAUUAAAUUGGUUUAAGAUGCAAAGUGGGCUUUGUUGGGUUGCUCCUGAGCUGACUGGUGUCUGAAGUUUGAGAGGCGGGCUUGUUUGAGGUGGGGCUCAACGUGAGCUCAUGCCCAGCUGGGGACAUCUACUGACCUUCCUGGGCCCCCAGGUUAGCCCCCUCCCAGGCACAGUCAGGUCUCAGCUGCCCCUGCUCUAUAAACAGGGAGCCCUGUUUUUGUAUACUUUGCAGAAAUGCCUCUGGUCUCCUCUCCCCAAAUAUUCACAGGGGCCUCAUUAGAAGCCCAUGUUGAAUUCCUGGGACCACCUUGGUCCUUGGGUGGGGUCUGGGGGUUCUGGGUGGGAUCUUUCUUGGGCGAGUGGGGCUGGAGGCAGCAUUGCUGUUCUGAGGUCUCCUCUGGGCUGCCAUUUAGCCACAUGCCAUAUCUGAAGGCAGAGAUGUUUGACUCCCCUGCCUUGGGCUCUGUCUGGAGCUUUCUCCUAGAACUAAAUUGGAGAAAAGGGAGAAGAAGCCUACAGGACCCUCAGGGAUGAGUUGAACUGGUGUCUGGCUGGAAUUCAAGUGCGUUCCCCAAAUGCCCAUCCACAGGGCCAGACAGAGGAGCUGCCCUCAGGCCCACGGCCUAUGUCCUGAGCAGCUGCCCCCGCCCGCUCCUGUGCUGUCCCUUCCACACCCGGCCUAGCUAAGGGCUGGCCCUCCCAGGCUAAGCCUCAGGCUUGGUGUGGGAAACAAGCUCCUGCCUCUUACCAAUGAUGCUUGAAACUUCCCAGUUCCAUAGAGUGUUUUCAGGAUGCCAUUUUGGGUGGUAUUUCCUUUAGGGGCCGGGUAAGCUUUAAAACUAGAAGACUCGUUUUAAUUUUCUACCAGGAAAUUUCCCAGCCCCAUCAGCAGCCCCUGAUUCACCCGUGUCUCCAGGGGCAUCAAAGGCUCGGGGGCUCCAGGGAACCCAGUAGCAUUAAAUUGUUCAGUAGAGUUGGCGAAUCAAAGAAACUUCCUAACACCAGGGACAGGCUCGAGAGCCCCUCCCCGUUAAAGGUGUUAGAACAGUGGACCAGAGUAGUGAGUGUCCCUUUUCCACAGUAAUGCAGUCGGUCGGCUAGUGUGACUGCAGGGAAGAAGAGGGACAUGGUAAAGCUCGUAAAACAGGCCUUAGGAUCGUUCUGGCUUUGUUGUCCCUCCCCCAGUGUUCUCAGCCUCAGUUCUGCACAGUGUUUAGAGUUUUAGUGAAAGAGUUUGGGUGGGUGCUCUAGCAUCUGAGUGCUGUGUGGCUUGGCAUAUUUGAAGUGAAAACUUUUGGGGUUGUUUGGAAGCAGCUUUCUGGUUCUUGCCAUUGUAUGCUGAGGUCCCCACCUCAUCCUGGGACCCCGUUCUCCCAUGAGAACCCUCAUUGACCAUGGCGGCCACAAGCUCAGCUAGCCUCCUCGCUCCAGGGUGAGAUGAAGCUUGCAUAUAUGGUACGUUUGUCUGGAGGGUGAGCUGGGCCAGAGGGAACCUGGUCCCUGUGCUGGGACUCUGUAUGGGUCAUUUUCCUCCAGGCUGGCCUUGCCCUGGUCCUGCCUUGUUGAGCACCAUGUAAGCCUCCUUGUGUUGUGAUAAUUGGGCAUUAAACUGUAACUCUGGG